UAGGGUUAGAAGUAACACUGGCUGAUUUACCUUCUAAUGGCUUGGUCAUGAAUCCUGAAAGCGGAAUCCCACCAGCAGUGGAACUUGUGUGCAGUUACACAGUGGAUCCUGGAGAGACGAUGCAGGUCGUGUAUUUUUACAAAGAUGGAAUGACCGAUUCAAGCCAAAUAGUGGGGAUAGUGAUUUCUGAUGGGAGUUACCAGCUGCAGAACGCUUUUGCCUCUAGAACUGACGUGACGGUUACAGUCUCUGAUCCAUCAUUCACAUUGACAAUUGGGACAGUCACAUUGGCAGAUGAGGGGAGCUAUCAUUGCAAAGUUUCCACCUUUUUCAAUAAUCCCAUGUCAAUAUCAUUGGCGCAGAACCUCAAAUUAGUAUAUCGACCGUACCCACCGCAGAUUACACGAGGGCCCCAAGUUGCCACAGAUACCUACCGGGUAACUUGCUCUUCUGAUGGCGGCAGACCAGCACCUGAGAUAAAAUGGUUUAAAAUACAAACUUCUGACCAGAUGGAGGUCGCUGUUAAUGAAACCUCUAGAAAUGAGCAAAGCCAGCAAGACACCUUUCUGGUUGAAAGUGCAGUUGAAGUGAUGGCAACCCAAGCAGAUCCAGUGGAAUUGAUUUGCCAGCUACUACACGACUCACUUAUAAGUCAGAUCAUGACAAAAAUCACAGUGCCUGAAAGUGAUGCUCUUUUAACAACCAUCACGAAAAAACCUACAACUUCGAAUAUUCCCUCGACGACCACCACAGAAAGCCCUUCAAAUACGACAGGGUUGGAAGUAACAAUGGUGGUUUUACCUUCUAACGGCUUGGUCAUGAAUCCUGCAAGCAGCAUCCCACCAGCAGUGGACCUUGUUUGCAGUUACACAGUGGAUCCCAGAGAGACAAUGCAGGUCGUGUAUUUCUAUAAAGAUGGAACGACCAAUUCAAGCCAAAUAGUGGGAAUAGUGAUUUCUGAUGUUAGUUACCAGCUGCAGAACUCUUUUUCCAAUAGAACUGACGUGACAGUUACAUUCUCUGAUCCAUCAUUCACGGUGACAAUUGGGACAGUCACAUUGGCAGAUGAGGGGAGUUAUUACUGCAAAGUGUCCACCUUUGUUAAUUAUCCCAUGUCAAUGUCAUUGGCGCAGAACCUGAACCUAGUAUAUCGACCGUACCCACCCCAGAUUAGACGCGGACCCCAAGUUGCCACAGAUACCUACCGGGUAACUUGUGCUUCUGAUGGCGGCAGACCAGCACCUGAGAUAAAAUGGUUUAAAAUGCAAAGUUCUGACCAGGUGGAGGUUGUGUUAAAUGAAACCUCUAGAAAUGAGCAAAGCCAAGGAGACACUUUUCUGGUCGAAAGUGCAGUUGAAGUGAUGGCAACCCAAGCAGAUCCAGUAAAAUUAAUUUGCCAACUACUGCAUGUCUCACUUAUAAGUCAGAUCACGUCAAAAAUCACGGUGCCUGAAAGUGCUGCUCCUUCAACGACCACCACAGAAAACCCUACAAAUUCGACAGAGUUAAAAGUAACACUGGUUGAUUUACCUUCUAAUGGCUUGGUCAUGAAUCCUGAAAGCGGCAUCCCACCAACAGUGGACCUUGUUUGCAGUUACACUGUUGAUUCCGGAGAGACGAUGCAGGUCAUGUAUUUUUACAAAGAUGGAACGACUGAUUCAAACCAAAUAGUGGGGAUAGUGAUUUCUGAUGGGAGUUACCAGCUGCAGAACUCUUUUUCCACUAGAACUGACGUGACGGUUACAGUCUCUGAUCCAUCAUUCACGGUGAUAAUGCGGGCAGUUACAGUGGCAGAUGAGGGGAGUUAUUACUGCAAAGUUUCCACCUUUUUCAAUAAUCCCAUGUCAAUAUCAUUGGCGCAGAAACUAAAAUUAGUAUAUCGACCGUACCCACCCCAGAUUCGACGAGGACCCCAGGUUGCCACAGAUACCUACCGGGUAACUUGUGCUUCUGAUGGCGGCAGACCAGCACCUGAGAUAAAAUGGUUUAAAAUACAAACUUCUGACCAGAUAGAGGUCGCGGUAAAUGAAACCUCUAGAAAUGAGCGAAGCCAGGGAGACACCUUUCUGGUCGAAAGUGCAGUUGAAGUGAUGGGAACUCAGGCAGAUCCAGUGGAAUUGACUUGCCAGCUACUACACGACUCACUUAUAAGUCAGAUCAUGACAAAGAUCACGGUGCCUGAAAGUGCUGCUCCUUUAACAACCACCAAGAAAAAACCUACAACUUCGAAUACCUCUACUAGCACCAAUUCCACACUGGCGCCAAAUACGACGACCGGAUAUAUUUCAAGCUGUGAAAUAGUUCGACCAAGUAUAAUAAUUGUAGCACUUGCAGCAUCGUCGUUGAUGAAGAUUUUACUGUGAGGAGAUUUUAACAAACGGUUAAGGUAACAUUGACAUAAUGGAUAAUAGAUAACCAUUAAAAAUACGAAUGGAUUAAUACCCUAAAGGAUAUUAGGACACCAAAUGUCACAACUUUCUAUGACGGCUUGUAGGAAUCUAAAACAAACGCUCUCUCAGUUUUUAUAUUGCAUGGUGUGCGAUGCAUUUGAGAUGAAGGGAUAUUUUUUCAUAGUAACUGCAUUGUCCGAUGUUGCUGUGAAUUGGAACCAAUCUUAGAUUUGUUGCUUUUUAUAACAAGGUUGAGGAGUGUCCCUGUAUUGCUUUGGCUAAUGAACGGAUUGCCUGUUAAAGAUGCUAGUUUUUAGAGAAAACUUUCGCAAUUGUCAGCUAGAUAUGGCAAACAUGUAUGUUCCAGUUUGAUGCACAUAUUACGUACAUAAUCAACAUGUGAAGAUAAAGGAUUUAAAAUAACAAUUAGAUGUAUGACAAGAGCACAAGUGUCUUUUUAAUAAGACUUUGUGUGUCACCAGAUAUGUGUAUAAACAUUUGUUGAUGAAUACAACCAAUUUUGUAAGAAUGACUUAUGCCUCCAUGUAAUUAUUUGACAUUUAUUUCGGAAGGCAAUAAAUUACAUAAUCUGUGAAAUUCUGAAAUUGGUGAUAGGGGACUGUCGAAAAGACGAGAAAAAUGUCUCCAUUUAGACACUUUAUUUUAUUGUAUGGAAAUUGCAAAAGAAAAAAGGGUAGUUUUUUGUCUAAAGACACUUUGAAAUGAGCAUGUUUAUUGUUUAAAUUUAGAAAAAAUAUAUACAUCAUGUUCGUAAUAGCAAACCAAUUAA